CCAAUCCUGCUCCCCAAGGUGCUUGGAAAGGAACUCCCUAUCGUGGGUCACGGGGUUGAGCCGUGACAGACUCAAGACGUCUGAUUCGUCGACAGAUUCCCAACCAAGGGUUGCCGCCCUUCGGUCAUCUCAUGGAGCACCAACCAGCCAUUGCAACGCUCCAGCAGAUCAAUUAUGCCUCCCACGAUCCAUACAGAGAAUGAAUGGGCCCGUGUCCAGCCCUAUAUCACUAAGCUCUAUUCGGAUGAGGGGAAAUCACUCAAAGAACUGAUAGAGAGAAUGAACCAGGACUAUGAUUUCCAUGCCACAGCAAGAAUGUACAAGCACCGCCUUCAAAAAUGGGGCUUGGAUAAAAACUUCAAAGAAAAGGAAGUGGUUCACAUGUCUCUUGUCAAACGACAACGAGAUACCCUCGGGAAACAAUCCCUCUUCUAUGUACGAGGCAAACAGGUCGACUGGGAUCAGGUCGAAAAGUAUCUCCAUCGCAGGCCGGAUCUGCAGACCAAGAUCAAUGCGGGCAUGCUCAAGAUGAGCAGCUCUAGCUCUAAUGUCGUCUGCCGCUCUCCAUCACCAGAUCCGAUCCUGCAUGCAUCUAGCACUCUUCAACAUAUGGAUGAACUGCUGAGGUCGCUUGAUGGCUACUAUAUUUCAAAGUUUGAUGGAGUCACGAGCUCAGAUCGUGCUGAUCUAGUCAGCGAUGAUUAUGUCACGAUCCGAUGCCUCAGAAAACUAGAUCAAGCUCGCACCAUGAUAUACGCGGACAUGCUGGACUUUGGCUUUCGCAUCCUAAACGAGGCUCUUGAUGAUCUGAGAUUUGUGGUGAGGGGCGAAUACGCCUCCCUCAUGUUCCAUCUCUUCGAUGUGGUCACAUUAUUUGACCGGCGACACACAUCCUUGAUAACCGAAUUACUACGUCACACGUAUGGAAUCCUGUUGAUCACGUUUGGAGAGAGUCACCCUUUAGUGCGGCUACUGCGUCUAUUUAUUACUCUGUCGCAACAAGAUCGAUACGAGAUUAUUUCGAGCCUCAUGAAAGCUGUUGUUGAGAGGUUCGAACGUCUCAACGUCGAUGGCCGCAUGCUUGAAAGGCUCAAAUGUCACCAGUUUUUGCUAUUGGACCACAUGGGGAUCAACGGGAUCCAGGCAACGACUACGUUCCCAGAGAUCGAUGCGUCUUCUACGGAUGCAGUCAGCACUGGCUAUUUUGGCAGGUUUGCUGGUCGGUUGAUCUUCAACGAGCAGUUCGAGGAAGCGGAUCGCCAUGUGGAUUUCAUGAUCCCUUGGCUCGAGAACCCGGAAAAUAAGCAAAACCCUGCAUGGUCAGAUAUCCAAAUGUUUUACUAUCACGUCAAAGCACAUGGCUCAUUUUCGAGGGGCAAUGAUGCUUUAGGCGAGGUGUGGCUAGGAAAGGUCAAGGAGCAUUCAAAACAGUAUUUCUCGGAAAUGUAACAAGUAUUAUUUGGCA